UGACAAAAAUCCCAGCCUUCACCAUGGGAGAUACCUGGCAUGUUGGAUUGGUGGUACUUGUGUACGUCUGCUUUCCCAAGGGUGCUGCUGAGAACCUCAUAAAAACUCAGGAAACUGAGCACACCCUCCUGAUCAAUGAAGUGAACGCUGACAGCCCAGGAGAGGACACUUCUGAGUUUGUGGAGCUCUAUCACACCAGUGGGCAAACAGCCCCCCUGGAUGGUUACCACCUGGUCUUCUACAACGGCAACGGCAACCGAGCCUACAAGGUGCUGAACCUCCGGGGUAGAGUUACCGACAGCCAGGGGCUCUUCCUCAUUGGCUCCUCCUCCGUGAACCCUGCCAUGGUUAUCCCUAAGAACACCAUCCAGAACGGCCCCGAUGCCAUCGCUCUCUACUACGGAAAUGGGAGCUACAAAGAGGGCAUGAGUGUCACCAGCCACGGGCUGGUGGAUGCCCUGGUCCACAAGACUAAGAAGACGGACAGAGCAGACACGCUUGUGAGGGUGCUGACCCCUGGCAGAGAGGCUUUCCUGGAGGACCCCACCUUCAGGGCUGUGGAUGAGUCCAUAGAGAGGUGCCAUGGGGCCGAUUCUCAGUGGAUCUUCCAGGUGGCCGUGCCCACGCCGGGCACAGACAACCACUGCCUCCUGACUCCUGAGCUGAACUCCUCUGCCGUCCUCAUCAGUGAGGUCCUUCCCACGGCCCCUCCUGGCGACCUGGAGUUCAUAGAGCUCCAGGGCCCCCACUCCACCGUGCUGAGGGACAUUGUCCUGGUGCUGGUUGAUGGCCGGACCAAAGACAUCUAUUUCACCCUGGAUGUUCACGGCCAAACCUCCCUGGAUGGGCUCCUGCUGAUCGGCCCUGCACACGGAGAAACCCCAGUUGACCUGCCGUUCCCAGAGAACACCACCCGUCCUGUCCUCAGGGCUGGCCCCACUGCCAUUGCCCUCUAUAGAGGCCACAGCAGCAGUUUUGUCCCGGGGAAGGGGCUGCCAGAGUCCGGUCUCUUGGACGCCUUCGUGUACACGAGCGACGAGGAGCUGGACCCGGAGCUGCUGGAGACCCUGACCCCUGGCAGACCUGCCCUCCUGGAAAAGCGACAUCAGCUAGGAGAUGUGUCCAUGAGCCGGUGCAGCUGCUGCUCCGUGACCCAGGACUCCACAUCCUUCAUCCUCAGCAGGCCCACCCCUGGCACGUUCAACGACUGCCCCAGCAAACGCUUCAGCCAGGCUCUCUCCUUCUGCCUCCACGGAGCAGAUUGCCAGGAGUGGCUCUUGAAGCCAGAAGAGAUUCUGCUGAGUCUAGUCCAGGCCCUCAAUGGAUCCUACAGUGGUGGAGUCUCUGCUGCCUAUUUCAGAGAGCCAAAGGCAGCCUGCCAGGACCUGGGGCUCGUGUUCAGCACUCUGCUCACUGCCAGGUCGGAGGAGCAGCUGAGCAGCUUCCUGCUGGCCUUCAACACCUCCCUAGAGACACCUGGAGUUGUGAGCUUUGGUGGAAGGAACGUCACAGUAGGAAGCUCCUGUUUCAAGGAUAUUAAUACGCCAGACUUGCCUCCAGGUGUCCCUUCAGAGAUACCAGAAGGGACUGUGCAGGAGGCCAAGCUACUCAUCAAUGAGGUGAACCCAGACAACCCUGGGGCAGGAGAGGAUGCCGAGUACAUUGAACUCUUCUACACUGGCCGGACACGCUUCGACCUCCAGGGAUAUUGGCUGGUCCUCUACAACGGGAGAACCGGCCGGGCCUAUCGGGUGCUGGACCUGUCCGGACACCACACGGACGAGCAGGGUUAUUUCUUGGUGGGCAGCAGCAGGGUGAGCCCAGCACCCAUGAUUGGGCUGCCCCCCAACAGCAUCCAGAACGGGCCGGACGCCGUGGCUCUGUACCACGGCAGCACCGCGCCCCACGCCGUGGGCACGGCAGUGACGGCGCACGGGCUGGUGGACGCCGUCGUCUACACGGCCCGGCAGACCGAGAAGGCAGAGCAGCUGCUCAGGGUGCUGGUGCCAGGGCAGGGCAUCCUGUACGAGAACGACUCUCACAGCACCGAGGACGAGUCUCUGAGCCGCUGCCACAGCCUGAGCCCAAAACUCCAGAGCAGCUUCCAGGUGACCAGGGUGACACCGCUGGGGGAGAACCUGUGCGGCAGCUCCUCGGUGCCCGUCCCUCCCGCUGUCCGCAUCAGUGAGCUGUGCCUGCCCAGCGGCUUCGUGGAGCUGGAGGGGGAGCCUGGCACCGGCCUGGCAGGGCUCAACUUGGUCUUCUUCUCGGAGAAGGAGGGCGAGGCCCGUGCCAGCGUCCCACUGCAGGGCACCAUCGGAGCCACGGGGCUGCUGGUGCUGGUGCUGGACGGAGAGCACGGGCAGGGUGAGGGUGAGGCCGACCUGGCAUGGGGUCUGACUUCAAAGAAAUGGGCAGAGGGUUGA